CCGGGCGUUGCUACCGCCAGGCAAUUGUGCGCUGAAACCGGUCCUGCUCAGCCCCGGGAAGCGGAUCGGUUGGAGUAGCCUCUUCCUCCUCCUCCUCCUUUCCCAACCCUCCUCCUUUCUUGCCGAAGGAGCCAGUUUACUGCUGCUGCUUUGCCGCCGCCGCCGCCGCCGCCUGUGCACAGCUGAUCAUGAAGGAACCGGAGGAGCGAAGGAGAAAGAACCCGGGAGAAAACCAUCGCCCUUUCCCCGCAGCUCCUUCUCUGGGACGCGGAGCUUUGGACUGGGGGAUCAGAUUACAAACUCCCCCUGUGAAGGGGUGACCAAGCUGGCUGCAGAGCUGAAGUUUCUGUUCGCUGUUUUGGGGUGAAUCAGUAAGGCAGAGGUGAAAAGAAGCCUGCCUCCUCCAUCGCCAGGGAGGGAGAAGAGAAAACCCAUCACCUUGGCCUUUCUCUGACAUCCACUUCAAUUGGCCAUGAAGAGGAAACAGAAGAGAUUUCUGCAAAUGAUGUUGUUGUUCACCGUGACUCUGAUUUUCGUGCCAAACAUUGGACUCUGGUCUUUAUACAGGGAAAAACAUCUGGUGAAAUCUUCAGAGCUGGGAGAACAGCAGAUGUUCCCAAUGGGGCUUGGAGAUGGACAACUCUAUACCUGGACAGAUGGUUUGAAAAGAAAGGACUGGCAUGACUAUGAAAGUAUUCAAAAGGAUGCCAUGCGAGCAGGGAAAGGUGAACAGGGAAAGCCGUACCCUCUCACAGAAGAAGACAAUGAUGAUUCUGCUUACCGGGAAAAUGGUUUCAAUAUUUUUGUGAGCAACAACAUUGCCCUGGAGCGCUCAUUGCCAGACAUCCGACAUCCUAACUGUAAGCACAAGGUAUACUUGGAGAAGCUUCCGAAUACUAGCAUAAUUAUCCCAUUUCAUAAUGAAGGCUGGACUUCUCUCUUGCGAACCAUACACAGCAUUAUUAACAGGACUCCAGAUAUCCUGAUAGCAGAAAUAAUUCUUGUGGAUGACUUCAGUGACAGAGAACAUUUGAAAGAGAGGCUGGAGGAAUAUAUGGCUCGGUUUGUUAAAGUGAGAAUUGUGCGCACCAAGAAACGAGAAGGGCUCAUUCGCACCAGAUUACUUGGAGCAUCGAUAGCUAAAGGAGAAGUCUUAACCUUCCUGGACUCACAUUGUGAAGUCAAUGUGAACUGGCUACCUCCCUUACUUAAUCAAAUUGUGCUCAACCACAAAACCAUUGUGUGUCCCAUGAUCGAUGUCAUUGACCACAAUCACUUUGGCUAUGAGGCACAAGCAGGGGAUGCCAUGCGUGGAGCUUUUGACUGGGAGAUGUACUACAAAAGAAUACCAAUUCCACCAGAGCUCCAGAGGGCUGAUCCCAGUGACCCCUUUGAAUCCCCUGUUAUGGCUGGAGGUCUGUUUGCUGUUAACAGAAAGUGGUUUUGGGAUCUUGGUGGCUACGAUCCAGGUUUAGAAAUCUGGGGUGGGGAGCAGUAUGAAAUCUCCUUCAAGGUCUGGAUGUGCGGAGGUGGCAUGUUUGAUGUUCCAUGUUCAAGAGUUGGGCACAUCUACAGGAAGUAUGUCCCUUACAAGGUCCCAUCUGGUACCAGCCUUGCAAGAAACCUGAAGCGCGUGGCAGAAACAUGGAUGGAUGAGUUCGCAGAGUACGUUUACCAGAGGCGGCCUGAGUACAGACAUCUCUCCACUGGUGACCUGUCAGCCCAAAAGGAGCUUCGAAAGCACCUGAAGUGCAGAGACUUCAAGUGGUACAUGGCUGCUGUGGCUUGGGAUGUCCCUAAAUACUUUCCACCAGUGGAGCCCCCACCUGCUUCUUGGGGAGAGAUUCGAAAUGUGGCAGCAAAUCUCUGUGUGGACAGUAAACACGGAGGCACAGGAACUGAACUCAGGCUGGAUAUCUGCGUGAAGGAUGGCUCAGAACGGACGUGGUCACAUGAGCAGCUGUUCACCUUUGGUUGGAGAGAAGACAUCCGUCCGGGAGAGCCUCUUCACACCAGGAAAUUCUGCUUUGAUGCUGUUUCACACAGUAGUUCUGUUACACUUUAUGACUGUCAUGGUAUGAAAGGCAACCAACAUUGGAGCUAUAGGAAGGACAAAACUUUAUUCCAUCCAGUGAGCAGCAGCUGCAUAGAUUGCAACCCAGCAGAGAAGAAGAUUUUCAUGAACAGAUGUGAUCCUUUAUCUGAAACUCAACAGUGGAUUUUUGAGCAUAUUAAUACGACUGUUUUAGCAAAAUUUAAUAGCAAAACCAGCUCUUAGGAAGAGGAAACUGUUCUGUACAGAUUGCAAACAACACCUUGCCAGCAUCUGGGUUGAAGGAGUCAGAAAUUAUGUUUCCUAGAUCCAGGAAACCACUUCUGAAGAUUAAAGAAAUGCCAGGGCAAAAGCUAACAGGCUGUCAUUGAGGAUGGAUGAUAUCUGAAGAACUUAGCUGAGAGACUUCACCAGCUGUUACUGAGGUCUUUCCAGUUAGCAAUUCCCUUGCUGGUCAAGGGAAAACUUUAUUUAAAGAAUGUUUCAAUACACUCCAUGUUAAUAAAGUAAAACAGAGUUUUAGAGUCUCAGGUCAAACCCUGCUAUAGUGAGUAGCUAUGAAUAGUUGCUAUUACUUAUGGGGGGGCUUCACAGAACGCAUGAUUCCUGUGGGAAACCGCAUAUACCACAGAUGUAGUCCUAGCAAGCCCUCUGGGAUAUUGUGAGUGUUCCAGAACUGAGGACAAGCUGUAUGUUCUGGUAUCAUUUCACCCAUUGGAGAAAGUCAAAUUUAUGAGGGUUAAUUAAAAUAGAAGAACCACCCCAUUGCAUUCCUUUCACUGUUGAAAUGGGAAUGGUGUUUUUUAAAUGUAAGAGUAAUUUUAGAGUUGCAUUUUGAAUGAAGCAUGAAAAUGACUGUAAGGUGUCAAACUACCAUUUCUCUUCUGCAGUUGAAGAAAAAAAAUCAUUUCUGUCAAAGCAAUUAAAUAAAAAAUUCCCAUCCAUUUUACACAGUGCUAUGGAACAAUCAUCCGCAAUUAUUCAUACCUAGUCAUCAUCUAUAGGACAAGCCGAAAAUGGCAAGGUGGUCACAUCGUUCAUUACCAUAAAAAUGAAAUACGUGACUUAUAAUAGCAGCACAAAGCAAGGUUUGCCUAAAAGGAUUUCCUCUGGGAAGUCUACAUUCCUUUUCAGGAAUCUUUUAUUAUAAGAUUCCUGCAUUGAUUUAGAUCAAUGCAGUCACCAGCAGAAAGGGCAUGAUGAAUCUGACAAGGUGGUCUUGUGGCCAGUUAAGAAAUGGUGUACUGUCUUGAGCGUCUACAUGUAUUUGCGUAGCCCUGCAGGAAUGACUAUGGAAGGAGGAAAAUGUUUCAAGCAGUUGAGAAGUUUCCAGGAAAUUAGCUGGGCCUUCUGGGAAGCAAUGGCUAAAAUUGCGGGGCACUGUCUCCAUUUUCUGUUAAUACCAUACAUUUAGCAUUAACAGACUGUGGGGGGAUGUACGUGUGCUGCUCCCUACCAUCUGUGUUUUCUAUAAACAUCUCAAAGGUCAUGCUUCCCUGAAAAGAAGACUGCUUUUGGGAACUAAGUUUCAUGAUCAAGAGAACUACAUAGUACAUCUUAUGAAAUUUGCAUGGAAGAGAAAUUUAAUCAUUUGAAUGUCCUCCCCCCAAUAGGGCUGCCAGGUGUGGGUUAAGAAAAACCAGGAGAUUUGGCAAGGGGAACAUGGGAGUUAAGGGACAGACUUUAAUUGGGUUUGAUUCCAUAGAGUCCACCUUCCAAAGCAGCCAUUUUUUCUAGGUGAACUGUGGCCUGUAGUAGAAGAGAUCUCCAGACACUAACUGGAGGAUGGUAACCCUAUCCCCCAAUAACAUGCAAAGCGAAUGCUAGUCUAUUUUUUCAUGUGAGGAAGCUGUGUGAAGUAUCACUGAAGAACUGCUGAGCAGGUGGCAAGAUCUUGAAUGCACCUUUAAGCAGAGAUCUUCUCUUUGGAUAUAUACUUGCAUAUGUAUGAGCAAUGUGCAGAGAGAGUACACUGCUAAGCAGUAAAUGAACAUUAAAAGCUGUCCAAGAGUCAGGGAAAAUAAGAAGCUGGAAGAGAAAUGGUAUGGUUUUGCAACUGAGAAGCACUGAGUCUUUUAAUAGUAUGUUCAAGCCAGAAUAGUCUUGUUCUGAUUAGUUCUUAACAUCUGUUUCUACAGCAAAAAACAGUGUGGUUCAUGUUCUGACCCUAUGAGGAGGAGAUUUAAAAAUGGUUUGGAAAUCAUUGUUCUUAACAGAAAUAAAUGAACAGACAAAUCUUGUUUAUUACAUU